UGAAGACCCUUCAGAAUUGCGUCUUUACAAUGGAUAACUCAAUGGCUACCCCUGGUCCAAAUAAGGACAACAUCAGAGCUGGGUGCAAGAAAUGUGGAUAUCCGGGCCACUUGACCUUUGAGUGCCGAAACUUUGUCAGAGUUGACCCCCAGAAAGACAUUGUUCUGGAUGUAAGCAGCACCAGCAGUGAGGAGAGUGAAGACGAUGAACCUGCCCCUCAACGCAAUGAGAAGUUGGGGCGAAGUAGAGGUUCCCAUGGCGAUGACAACAAUGGUAGAAAAGAGAGACACAAACGGAAGAAGAGCAGUGACAGAAAGUCAAGAAAGAGAUCUAAGUCGUCGAGUGAUGAGAAUACAAAGAAGAAAAAGAAACGCAGAACUUCUGACUCCUCAUCUGACGAAGAGGAGAGGAGGAGGAAGAAGAAGAAAGUAAAAAGCCCAAAAAAGAAAAGCAAAAAGAACAAAAGGGAACAUGGGAAGCAUCACAAGAGACAGAAGAAGAGGAAACAAGAAUCCUCCUCCCCUUCUUCUUCCAGCUCUAGCGAAUCCUCAGACCUCAGUGACUAAGACAGCUGAACUAUCCAGUGUCUGGACGACUAACAUCAUUAUUCUCCAAGUUCUAAGUUUCUAAAGGGCCCCUCAUCUUGUUCCAUACAAGUGUUUAUUACUGAGACCAGGACUUAAAUGAUGAAUUAGUGUAAACACACUGUAGAGUGCAUUGUAAACUGCAUACAUCAUGCAGAAGACACAGAUGUGUUUGAGUUUUGUCAUUACACGUUUGACAGUGAAAUAUGUACACAUGUUCCGUCUCCUGUCAUACAUAUUGGUGAACAUCAGUUUGAGGUUUCCAAGUCCAAUGAAGAAAUGUAGUUCAGGAAAGAACUGGAUAUCUUUGGUUAGAAGUUCUUGCAUGCGGUCUUUUUGUCUUUUUUUUUUUUUAAAUUUUUUGAUUCACUACUUCUUUGAAAUUGUACCCAAAACCCUUUUAAAAGGUCAACUUUGAAUGCCAAACCUCAUUUGAUAUGAUUCGAAUGGCUAAGGGUAACAAUGAUAAUAUGAACAAUUAUCAACCCAUUCCAUUUGUCAGUGGUGACAAGUCAGCAGCAGUUAUACUACUGGCUAAUAUCAGAAGAC